AUGACAGCUAGUGGGGCAGGUCAAGAAAGCAUUACAUCUCAGAAAAAUUCUUCUGAGUACCAAGAAACAAUAAUAAUAAACCACCCUUCUGAAAUAUGCCAAGAUAGGGCUGAAUUAAGAGACCUCUCUCCUAAAUUAUGCCAUGAAAUAGCUUUAAUUCAAGACCAUUCUUCCAAAAUGUGUCGUCAUGAUAUGGGUGAAGCUGAAGACCUCUCUCCUAAAAUGUGCCAAGAAACAUCUAUAGGCAACAACCUUCCUUUUAGAACAUAUGAUGACAUAGCUUACAUGGAAGGAUGCUCUCUUGAUGCAAACACCAAACCAGGUGUGCCUAAAGGCUACACUCUUGAAACAGACCCAAGAGCUGAACCUAAUGAAGACACUACUGAGCAACAUCAAGAAAUAUCUGGAACUGAAAGCUUUUUUCCUAAAAUACAAGAUACAGCUGUGCCUAAAGAUCUUUCUACAAAAAAAAAAAAAAACAAAACAUUUGAACCUGAAUGCUUUUCUCAUAAAGCAUACAAGUUCUAUCCAGAAAAACCAAAACAAGAAGCAGAUGGGCCCCAAGGCCAGGAUCCUAAAGCAUACCAGGAAGAUGCUAAGGAUGUUUAUACUUUUCCUCAAGAAUGA